CACACCAGUGUUGCUUGGUGAAUCGGCGCAUAAUUCAUUAUCUUCAUGUUUUGACAGAUCGAGGCACUAAACUUCAGCCAAGUAACAACUGGGGUGCUGUUAAGGUAAAUCCUUUAUAAACUGAAAACCAAGCAUCAAUUUCAUCUUUUGCCCUAAUGGUUGUACUGGUAACUAAGUUUUCAGUUUUGUAUUUUUUCUUUUCGUUUUCUUCUCAGUUUUGCUAGGUUUCUUUGCCUGUAAACUUGAUUUUUUUUUUUGGGACAUGCAUGUAUUAUUCAGUGAAUGUUUAUAUGAAAAUUUAAAGGAAAAGAAAGAAACAGUUGAUUUUCAACACAUGACUUGUCUGAUACUUCGUUCAGUGCAACAUCUGAUUCUUAUCAAAUUAUUUUUGUUCAAUCUUUCCGUUGGCAUCAUUUUCAUUUUAGAUUGGAUUUUUUUUUUGUUCUGUACAAGAAUUAGUUAUUUUGGAAACUACCCCAACUAUUAAUCCCAAUUUCAUAUUCUCAGAUAUGGGUUUAUUCUUUUAGGUUUUGUAAGCUCUUUCUCAGUUAAAAAAAUAUAAUUAUUGUAUAGAUUAUUUUAUCCAUUAUUUUCAAAUAUAAAAAUGAUUUUUUGAAUUCAGUUUUGUCAUAUCUAUGAUCCUUGAAUAUCAAUUUUGGUCUUUUAUAGUUGAAUAUUGAUAUAAUUUUUUUAUUUUUUCUUUUUUCGUAUCAUUUGUAAUCCAUAUUCUAAUUAACAAACUCAUAAUCCAUGAUUGUUUGCUUAAAUUAUUAUUAAUAGUCGUGGUUAGCUUUUUGACACUUCUCAACAUUAUAAUUAGGAUUAGUAGAAAUUUAGUUUACUAGAAUAAAUAACGAUAUUUUUGUUGAUCUGUUCCUUGUUUUCUUUAUCAAUGGUUGCUGUUUGUUCUUUAUGUUUCUGGAUUCAAUUUUAUCACUUAUUUUUAUUCAAUUUGUUCAAAUCUUAUAUUAGCAUUUACUUUAUCAUAAUACUCUUUUUGGCAGAAAUAAACAAGUUCUUUUCUCCGUUCUUGGAUCUUUAUACGAAGUGUCUCUAUCUCAUAAGGCUGAAUUCUGAUGGAUGCUAAUAGAGAAGAUCCAAAUAGGAGGUUUUUAGCAACCCAGGUAUAUUGGCCUAGCGGAAAAGAACUGGUUUUCAGAUUUCAUGAUUUCAGUCAGGGUGACAGAGCUCUUCCCUCAAAUUUUGUUUCAACUCAUGGGGAAGAAUUAGGGCCAAUAUUCUAUGUCAUUGACGAGUUAGAUAAUUGUUUAUCGCUGGAGGUGAUCAGAAAGAAUGAUCAGUUGCUGAUAACUGAGAACUCAUUUGAACUGAUUAGAACUUUCUAUCUUAUCGAUAGACCGGCAACUAUUCAAUUUAGGUAUGUUGGUUUUGGAAUUUUUUUUAUUUCAUUGUUCGAUAAGGACAACCAACCCAUCCAAGUUCACCUUGAUCCUGACUGCUAUGUUCCUGAGCUAAUGGACCCAGAGACACUUGAUAAUGUGUCAAGAGUCUUCCACAUAAAGUAUACCAGGAUGGAAGAAGAACCAUCGGAUGUGAUUGUUCUAUCUGGGUCUGAACCAUCGGAUUAACAGUUUUCAUCGGAUGAUGAUGAAGACAACGAUCAAGAUGGGCCACUGGUGGGGGAUAAUCCACAUGAUCCGAUAGAUUUGUCUAGUGGCAGCAGUUUAUCAUUGGAAGUUGAUGAACAGAUUAACGCGUCAAAUGAUUUAGCUGAUCCUAGGUAAUGCUACAUGUAACUAUUCUCCUUUCUUUUGUAUUUUAAUAUCAUUUGAUAGCUUUCUAUUUUUUACUGUCGUGACUAAUGUUCAUAUUAUCUUGAAUUAGAUAUGCUCUAGAGGUUUCUUAUGAAAAGAAGAUCACAGCUUCGGAUGUCGGACAAUCUAGAUUGGUAACUUGAUCAUAAAGAGUGUUUUUUUUUUCUGCAAACUUAUUGGAUGUUCUUCCUAAAUCUAUUAUUCAUUGUGUAUGAAAAUAUUAUGUUUACGUUAACUAUGAAUUAUUCGUUUCAGUAUUUGGCUUCAAAAUUUGCUGUGCAUCUUAAACCAUCUGGAGAUAGGUCGAUUUGGACGAUCACUGGUCCAGAUUCCAAUGUUGAGAAGAAUGUGUUCUUUUUUCACUUACUGAAUGGUAGAGGAAGAGGUACAGAAUGGAAAUUUGGGGUCUGGUGGAGUGAAUGUUGUAGAACAUACAAUUUAAAGGAGGGUGAUACCAUCACUUUGAAACUCAGCUCGAAAAGUGAUGGUAUCACCCUCCUUUAAAUUGUAUGUUCUACAACAUUAACUCCACCCGAAUACAAAUUUUCAUUCUGUAUCUCUUCCUCCACUAUUCAGUAAGUGAAAAAAGAAUACAUUCUUCUCAACAUUGGAAUCUGGACCAGUGAUCGUCCAAAUCGACCCAUCUCCAGAUGGUUUAAGAUGCACAGCAAAUUUUGAAGCCAAAUACUGAAACGAAUAAUUCAUAGUUAACAUAAGCAUAAUAUUUUCAUACACAAUGAAUAACAGAUUUAGGAAGAACAUCCAAUAAGUUUGCAGAAAAAAAAAAAAAAAGAAAACACUCUUUAUGAUCAAGUUACCAAUCUAGAUUGUCCGACAUCCGAAGCUGUGAUCUUCUUUUCAUAAAAAACCUCUGGAGCAUAUCUAAUUCAAGAUAAUAUGAACAUUAGUCACGACAGUAAAAAAUAGAAAGCUAUCAAAUGAUAUUAAAAUACAAAAGAAAGGAAAAUAGUUACAUGUAGCAUUACCUAGGAUCAGCCAAAUCAUUUGACGCAUUAAUCUGUGUAUCAACUUCCAAUGAUAAACUGCCACUAGACAAAUCUAUCGGAUCAUGUGGAUUAUCCCCCACCAGUGGCCCAUCUUGAUCGUUGUCUUCAUCACCAUCCGAUGAAAACUGUUCAUCCGAUGGUUCAGACCCAGAUAGAACAAUCACAUCCGCUGAUGAACCAUCCUGUUAUACUUUAUGUGGAAGACUCUUGACACAUUAUCAAGUGUCUCUGAGUCCAUUAGCUCAGGAACAUAGCAGUCAGGAUCAAGGUGAACUUGGAUGGGUUGGUUGUCCUUAUCGAACAAUGAAAUAAAAAAAAUUCCAAAACCAACAUACCUAAAUUGAACAGUUGCCGGUCUAUCGAUAAGAUAGAAAGUUCUAAUCAGUUCAAAUGAGUUCUCAGUUAUCAGCAACUGAUCAUUCUUUUUGAUCACCUCCAGCGAUAAACAAUUAUCUAACUCGUCAAUGACAUAGAAUAUUGGCCCUAAUCCUUCCCCAUGAGUUGAAACAAAAUUUGAGGGAAGAGCUCUGUCACCCUAUAUUCAAAUUUCUUUUCAAAGUUAACUCGUGUAACAAAACAUGGUAAAAAAGCUUAACAUAAUUUUACCUAAUUAUUUAGCAAAUAGAGGUAUUUUAAAUCUACUAUUAUUACCAACUGAGCAACACAAGAGAACAAUAAUCACGUAAAUAAACUAACAUUAUAAUGAGAAGAAAAUUUUAGAAUAAAUAAUUGAGAAGAUUCUAGUUCAGUAAACAGUUCAAUGAAUUUAAAAAAAAUAUCCAUAGAAAAGCGACAAAAGGGCAAAGCAAUCAGUCUCACACAUGCAGAAAAUAGUAGAAAAUAACAAAUUAAAGAACAUUAAGCCAAAUCAGUAAUCUAAUUAAUUCAGAUUGAUACUACUGCACAUUGGCCAUUAUAUUUCGUUACCUGCUGACUGAAAUCAUGAAAUCUGAAAACCAGUUCUUUUCCGCUGGGCCAAUAUACCUGGGUUGCUAAAAAUCUCCUAUUAGCAUAUAAAGGCACGAUUAGAAUUUAAGACUGAGACUUUUAACCAAGAAAACAACUGACUAAGUAUACCAGAAAAAAGAAAAAAAAGUAACAAAUUAAAAGAACAUUAGAGAAAAAUAUCCAAGAGACCACACUU